AUGUCACUUUGUGCUUUAACCCCUGAAUAUUUGGACUGGUAUGCUAAAUUGGUUGAAGUACCAAGUUCUUUGACUAAUAAAAUUCGUUUGAUCUUAUAUAGAGCAUAUACGGAAGAGACUGGGCUUGAUCCCUGGGUAAAGCCUGAAUCUUCACGAAUCGAAAAGGAUACUGAUGAUCAUAUCUUACAGGACAGUUUACCGGAAACUCAGAUGGUAUUGCCAAAUAAAAUUUAUACCUCCUCAAUUUCCAAGACUGAUCCAAACAAAAAUCACCUUUAUCAGUAUGCCAUCGAACAUGAAAUAAAUCCCAAAGAAUUUUCGAUCAUUACAGAAACUGAGAAAAAUAGAAAAGAAGACCCUAGAAAAUAUCAUAAAUUUUUAACAGAUCGGGAAAGGCUGGUCAGUGAAGAGUUAUUACGUCAAGAUAUACUAAAAAGUGAUUUGAGUACUGCAUGGCUCGAUGAUCUUAUGAAAGAAUGGAAAAAAAUCCAUACUCAAUUCACACAGAUAUCUUUUGAGGAAAAGACUUUAUUUGUACCGCAGAUAAAUAUUCAAUCUACACUAUCUGAAUGA